UGAGGCCAUGGUGGCCCACCUGUGGAAAUCAAGGACGAGGGCUGUCUUUGAAGACCCAUGUGGGGUUUCAUCAAUACUCUUUGUUGUGGACAUUAGGAGCAAGAUAACUCCGCCCUUGCCACAUGGGUUUGUUGGGAAUGCUGUUGUAACAGCUUGUUCAAGUGCAAAGGAGGUGGAUUUGAAUAAGGAGUCUCUGGGGUUUUGUGUUGAGAAGGUGAAGGAAGCAAUAGAGAUGGUGACAGAUGAGUAUGUGAAAUCAGUAGUGGAUUGGUUGGAGGUUUAUAGAGGGGUCCCUUCCACUUUAGAUGAGAAUUUUUAUGUGUCAGCUUGGUGGAAGUUGCCCUUCCAUGAGCUGGAUUUUGGGUAUGGGAGGCCCACCUAUGGUGGCCCAGUUGUGAGUGGAAUCAAUGAGUUUGUGUUGUUGCUCUCUAAUGGUAUUGGGGUGAGGAGAGGUGGAGGUGUCAAUGUAUGGAUGGCCUUAGAACAAGAGAAGAUGGAGAAAUUCAUUAUGCAUGUGUUUGAGGUGUAG